AUGGGCAAACUACUCUCGAAAGUUUUGAAAAAACUGUCCUCCGACGGACCUAAACGGAUCCUCAUGCUUGGCUUAGACAACGCAGGGAAAACAACAAUACUCUAUCAAAUGAAACAUACAGAGGACUACAGUACUGUUCCGACUGUUGGUUUCAAUGUUGAAACAAUUUCUCCCUGUCGGGGAGUAUCAUUAACAGUUUGGGAUGUUGGUGGACAAGAUCACCUACGAACACUCUGGCAUCAUUAUUUCGAUCAUGUCGAUGGAUUAAUUUUUGUCAUUGAUUCCAGCGACCGGCAACGUCUGUCGAUUUCGAAAGCUGAAUUAAGAGGAAUCUAUCAUCAUGAAACGAUGAAACAUGUACCAUUGGUCAUUAUUGCAAACAAACAAGAUAACAAAGAUGCUCUAUCGACUGACACGAUUCUCGAAAAACUUGAGUUGGACCAAUGGGCCCAAGGAUCGUAUAAUAUCGUGCCCUGCUGUGCACUGACAGGUGAUGGUUUAACCAAUGCUUUUACACUUCUAGCGAAAAUGAUUCGAAAGCAAUCGAAAGGUCAACGAUCAGAAACGAAUUGA